AAAACCAAAACAAAACAAAAUCCAAGCGAGCGGUGCUGUUUGUUUUCGUGCAUUUUCCAGGCUUUUCGUGAACAUUAAAUUAUUUUCCGUUCCCUUUCUACGUGAUUUCUUUGUGAAAACAUGUCCAAACGUCGCAAUCUGUUGGAUUCUGCCGAGAAACGCCGCUCCCUUCAAAACGUCGCCGUGGCCAGAGGCCGCCUCAAGGGUGCCCUGCAGGACGUUGUGACCCACAGUGGAGACGAAGAGUCUGGCUCGGAAGAUGAUUCCCAGCGUCAAAAGCCAACCCGCACCCACGGCGGAUCGCGCCGUUCCCGGGUAGCUCCAACCUCCGUCGGAACAGAUUCCAUCGCAAUCCCCCACCAGACGUACAUCAUGAAGCUGUUCGACCGCAGCGUGGACCUGGCCCGGUUCGACGAGAACACUCCGCUGUAUCCGAUCUGCCGGUCCUGGAUGCAGAACCAACCGAGGGCCAACCCCAGUCGGAUCCUGCGCACGCCUUCACCCGUCAAGCGCGAGUACAAUCCGGAAAUGACGGAACAGUACCGGAACCGGGAGAUUCGGGACGUGCGAGCGAUGCCAAAGCCGGAGGGUGGUCCGCUGGAGCGGUGUCCGUCGCCGUUGGCGUGUCAGCUGGAAAGUACCAAAGAGCGGCUUGAUUCGAGUAGGAGCAGUGGGGACGCGAUGGACAAAACAGCGUUGAUGGCCGAGCAUAAGGUGCGAUGGGGACAGGUUCGGAAUCAGUGGCAGAGCAGGUCACGGGAGGUUGGCCAGCGGUACAAGGGAAGCUUUGACCUGCUGGAUGCGAUGCUCCGGACGGAGCAGAAGGAGGAGGCGUGAUCUUUUUAUUUUACUUGACUUGAAAUAGGUAUUUUAAAGCAUGUUUGUAUGACUUCGAUGAUUUUCGGAAAAAUAGAUUACUUUUGUAGAACUAA